AUGAGGGCUAUUGUUCUGCUGGCGGCCCUGUUGUGCCAGGGUGGAGCUUGGGCCUUAAGAUGCCACAACUGUACUAACACGGAGGGGAGCACGUGCUCGGGACCUACAGUCUGCCCCCGCAGCGCCCAGGCCUGCCUUUCACAGAAGCUGAGCAUGGACCUGCAUGACAAGAAGUUAACCGUGGCAGUGAAGACCUGCGCGCAGUCCUGCGAGAACCCCCCACCCACCCAACCCAGAGCUUCAGUCAAGGAGAUGCGCCUCUACCUCUACUGUUGCGAAACUGACCUGUGUAACGGAGUUGGGAACCAGGGACUAGGGGCCACCGCCAUGGGCCUGAUGCUUGUGGCUAGUGUCCUUGUCACCCUCCCAGGGGCCUUUCUGUGACCCAGAGGUGUGGGACAUGCAUGAGGCAGCCCAACUCAGGACUCCCAGACCCCGAGGCUCCCAUCCCCAUCAAGCAGUCUGUGAGCACAUCAAUGGAGGACAGAGUACAGAGGAGGUGGGGGACUAGGCAGGGUGGUCACAAAGGACCCGGCCAAUUUACCCCAAAUCUUCAAGGCCAUCAGAGGUACCCCACCCCCAGUACACCGCUGCAGAGAACCUCCCAGGGUCUUCAGCUUUUUCUGGGUGUCCUCCCCAGCCCUUCAGCUGGCAGAACCAGCCCUGCCAGAGUCCUCAGGGAGCUGCCCCCCAGCGGCGCAGAAGAGAGUUUCCUUUGCCCCCGCGGGGAGGGGGGGGCGGCGGCAGCCAGGACCUGGCUUUGGAGUGCAGAACCUGAGGCCUGACUUGUACUCCAGAGCCGCUGGUCAGGCUGGGGCUCUGCCUGCAGCUUGCCCUUCCUGUGGUGCCUCCCGUCCGUGUCUGACUCCCCCACUCCCUCACUGGUCCCCCAGAAGCCUCCGGAAUAAAAUUUGUGCCUGUGAGUCCUGCCUCAGCAUCUACUUCAAGAGAACCCAACCUGAAACCCAGCUGCGUGCCUGCCUGGCACAGGCAGAGACGUGUUCUCUGUUCUCCCCCAAGGUCUCUGGGGUAAUGCCUCCUUCCGCCUUGCGAA